CAGUGGCCGCUAUUCCUGACAGCCCGUCAUUGUUUAUUCCAAAAUGACGGAAAACAGCGCGUCGCCGGAGGAUCCCUGGCUUAAACAGACAGACGGGACUUUCAGCGACAGCGGCUUCGACCACAGUUUCUUUGCAGAGAGCGCUCUCAAAGGAAGUGUGGUUUCAAGAGCCAACAGCAUUGGAUCCACAAGUGCCUCUUCAGUACCAAAUACAGAUGAUGAAGACAGUGACAACAGACACGAGACUCCCUAUAAAGAGUCAUACAAAGACCGGAGGAGACAAGCGCACACUCAAGCUGAGCAGAAACGCAGGGAUGCCAUAAAGAAAGGUUAUGAUGACCUGCAGUAUAUAGUGCCUACAUGCCAGCAGCAGUCUGAGUUUGCCGUGGCUACACAGAAGAUGAGCAAAGCCACAGUCCUGCAGAAAACCAUCGACUAUAUUCAGUUUCUCCACAAAGAAAAGAAGAAGCAGGAAGAGGAAGUUUCCACACUGAGGAAGGAGGUGAUGGCGUUGAAGAUUAUGAAAACGAACUAUGAGCACAUUGUGAAGGCGCAUCAGAAUAACCCUCAGCAGGGCAGCGAGCAGGUUUCCGAUCAGGUGAAGUUCAGCGUGUUUCAGAGCAUCAUGGACUCUUUGUUCCAGUCCUUCAGUACCUCUGUGUCUGUCAGCAGCUUUCAGGAGCUUUCUGCCUGUGUCUUCAGCUGGAUAGAGGAGCACUGCAAGCCUAAGACGCUGAGGGAGUUUGUGGUGACUGUUUUGCGGCAGGUGAACGAGCAGAUGUACUGAAGCUCUGGAGCCGUCUGCCUCUCAGGCUGAGGGUGUGACAUCCUCACACCCAGCUAUAUCCCAUUGACAAACACAAGAACUGUCUAUCUCACAAAUACACACUAUGCAGCAGGGAGUAAGCACACUAAUGGAUUGGGGUGCAUUCUAGAACCCUAAACAGCGACUGCAUUACUUUAUUCACACAAGUAUUGACCGAUAUUAAAAUGCAGGUAUUCUGAGUGAUUUCAUGCAACAGUUCUGUCAUUUAGGUGGUAGCUUUUUAAUGUGCUUUUUCUAUCUAUAACACUAGUAUUGAGGGAACUACAUGUAUAUUUUUCUCUUAACUUCUGGGGAUUCAAAGUCGUGAGGACAAAAUGUCUCUUUCACAGCACUGUUCAUGUUGCUGAAUACACCUCAGUUCGAAAGUUUAAUCAUGUUCUAAAUUCUGUAAACUAGAGCAGUUUCAUCAGUAUUUGUUCAUUUGUGGAUGAAAGUUCUUCACUGCUCUAAUUCACACCCUGAGCCGUGAAAUACAUUGCGAUACAUCUAUCAAAUUGCUAAAUUAGACACCAGACAGAAGUCAUUUUAUGAUUAAACUUGGUGUGCUGAAUUCGUUUAGCUUUACCUCAUAUUUACAUCAUUUUCCGAAGCACAACUGCAUCCGCGUACAGCCUGUCGCUGGAAAGGGGAACUGAUAGAUUUGAAGUUACACUGUGAUAUAUCAUCAUCAUGUACUUUCUGUUUGUUGAGAUCAGUUUUAUACAUCCAAAAAUCCGCUAAAAACAGCUAUCCCACAUGCUUUAAUAUCAUCAGCCAACGCUGGCCCAAGAUAUCUUAGUUCCUCUUUCAAGCCAGUGUCUUUGAGAUGCUAUGACCAAAGAUUGCAGUAUCUAGUGUACCCACAAUGAAAUGACAAACAUUUGAGUGGUUUUAAGUUGUAUGAUAAGCUUGUGUAGCUCGUUUUCCAGUGUUUUAUUCUGAACAUUUGUUAGUUUUGGGUCCUUGUGAUCAGUAUGUUCUCUUUGCUGUAUAAGACACAGUAACAGCUUCAUGUGGUUUGACCACCAAAUGUAUAUUUAUAAUUUAAUGAAUGUAAAUCAAAGAAUGAAUUUACAACUGAAGUCUACUCAGGAAAACAGACAUUUUUCUGAGACUUAAAUAAUUUGCUGAAAAAGGGACAUCAUUUACAAGCCAUAGUGGAGUGAAUGCUAGCCCACAGAAAUAAGGAUAAAUCAUGCUACUAGACUAGUGCUUUUGCAUUUGUGAUGUCGAGAGAAUCUGGUUGAAAUAUUUUUGUAUCAGUAUCAUUUUUAAUUCAAAAAUAAAUGUUCAAACUUA